AUGUCAAUAUAAUUAGAAUAAUAUUUGUAAUAGGGUAAUAAAUAUUAAAAUAAUUUAUUAGGUCAACAAUUAAGGUAAUAAAAUCUUAAUAAAGAGGCAGUUAUCUUAUUUGAUAAAAUACUAUAAUAAAAUCCAUAUAAUAUUUAAAUUAUGUUUGAAAAAGGUAAAAGUUUUUUUAUAAUUUAAUAGGAGAAUGUUUAAUUGCAUAGAAUUUAUUACAUGAAGCAUAAUUUCAAUUUUAAGAAAUUCUUUAUUUAGAUCCUCGAAACAAAUAAGCGUUAUAUAGAAAUGGUAAAUUAUAUUUAAUUCUAUUUAGGUGAUUGCUUACUUAAAUGCAAUAAAUAUGAUGAGGCUAUUAUUUAAUUUUAAAAAUGUUUAAAUAUAGAAUAUAAUAACUUUGAGGUUCUUUUAAGCUUUGGUAAAUAUGUCUAAUAUAAGAAGCUGAAACUUUAAGAAAAAUGAACAAAUUAAUUAAAGCCAAUUAAUAAUAUGACGAAGCUAUUAUGAUUAAUUAAUAGAGUUAAUAGGCUUUUUAUGGAAAAGGUAUAAAACACUAUGUAAAUUUAAAGCGGAAUGCUUAAAAUUAUUGAAUGAUUUGAUUAAUUCAGAGAAAAUGUAUAGGAAAUCCUUGACAAUAAAUUCAAAACAUUUUGAUUCAUUAUUUGGUUUAGGUAAAAUUUGAACUGAUAUUAUUAGCGGAUUGUUUAAAAAGAUCUAAAUAAUUUUAGGAGGCUAUCAUAUAUUAUGAUCAGUCUUUGUAAUUUAAUUCAUAAAAUCCAGAAUUAUUGGAAGGAAAAGGUUAUUUUCCAUUUGAAUUUAGCUACUUGUUUAAGAUCUAUUGGUUUUAAUACUGAAGCAGUACCAUUAUAUUAAUAAGCAUUAAAAUACGAUCCUUUUUCAGCUGAAAUUUUGAAAGGACUUGGUUUUAUCAAUAAUUAAUUAAUAGGAGCAAGCUUACGAAACUUACACUAAUAUAAUGAGGCGAUUAAAUUUUUUGAAAGAGCGUUAGAAAUCAAUCCAAGUUCUUCGGUUUCUUACAGGGGAAAAGGUUUUAAAUUUAAAGAUAAUAGCUGAGUGCUUGAGGUUGUUAGGAAAAUGGGAUGAAGCACUAGUAAAUUAUACUUAGGCUUUAAGAUAUGAUACUUAAUAGUUUGAAGCUGCAUAUUUUAAAAGUAAGUAUAAUUUUUAGGUUAAUUAUUAGCUUAGUUAGAAUAAAUUAUAUAAUAAUUGAAAAAUCAUGAAUAAAAUCUUUCUAUUAAUCCUCAAAACUUCAAUUCUAUUUUUGGAAAAGGUUUUAUUAGAAUAGUAAUUUAGCUGAGUGCUUAAGAUUGUUGAAUGAUUAUGAAGAAGCUGAAAAAUUUUAUGCUUUGGCAAUAAAUCUUAAUCCCUAAUAUUAUAAUUCAUUCAUAGGAUAUGGUAUAAGCAUAAAAAAUAAAAAAUUUAGGUUGGUGUUUAGCUAUAAAAAAUAAAAUAAAGGAAGCAUUAGAUUAAUAUAAUAAGGCAUUAAAACUUAAUGAAUAUGCAAUCGAUGCAAUUUGGGGGAAAGGUUANAGGUUCUUUUAAGCUUUGGUAAAUAUGUCUAAUAUAAGAAGCUGAAACUUUAAGAAAAAUGAACAAAUUAAUUAAAGCCAAUUAAUAAUAUGACGAAGCUAUUAUGAUUAAUUAAUAGAGUUAAUAGGCUUUUUAUGGAAAAGGUAUAAAACACUAUGUAAAUUUAAAGCGGAAUGCUUAAAAUUAUUGAAUGAUUUGAUUAAUUCAGAGAAAAUGUAUAGGAAAUCCUUGACAAUAAAUUCAAAACAUUUUGAUUCAUUAUUUGGUUUAGGUAAAAUUUGAACUGAUAUUAUUAGCGGAUUGUUUAAAAAGAUCUAAAUAAUUUUAGGAGGCUAUCAUAUAUUAUGAUCAGUCUUUGUAAUUUAAUUCAUAAAAUCCAGAAUUAUUGGAAGGAAAAGGUUAUUUUCCAUUUGAAUUUAGCUACUUGUUUAAGAUCUAUUGGUUUUAAUACUGAAGCAGUACCAUUAUAUUAAUAAGCAUUAAAAUACGAUCCUUUUUCAGCUGAAAUUUUGAAAGGACUUGGUUUUAUCAAUAAUUAAUUAAUAGGAGCAAGCUUACGAAACUUACACUAAUAUAAUGAGGCGAUUAAAUUUUUUGAAAGAGCGUUAGAAAUCAAUCCAAGUUCUUCGGUUUCUUACAGGGGAAAAGGUUUUAAAUUUAAAGAUAAUAGCUGAGUGCUUGAGGUUGUUAGGAAAAUGGGAUGAAGCACUAGUAAAUUAUACUUAGGCUUUAAGAUAUGAUACUUAAUAGUUUGAAGCUGCAUAUUUUAAAAGUAAGUAUAAUUUUUAGGUUAAUUAUUAGCUUAGUUAGAAUAAAUUAUAUAAUAAUUGAAAAAUCAUGAAUAAAAUCUUUCUAUUAAUCCUCAAAACUUCAAUUCUAUUUUUGGAAAAGGUUUUAUUAGAAUAGUAAUUUAGCUGAGUGCUUAAGAUUGUUGAAUGAUUAUGAAGAAGCUGAAAAAUUUUAUGCUUUGGCAAUAAAUCUUAAUCCCUAAUAUUAUAAUUCAUUCAUAGGAUAUGGUAUAAGCAUAAAAAAUAAAAAAUUUAGGUUGGUGUUUAGCUAUAAAAAAUAAAAUAAAGGAAGCAUUAGAUUAAUAUAAUAAGGCAUUAAAACUUAAUGAAUAUGCAAUCGAUGCAAUUUGGGGGAAAGGUUAUAUUUUAAAAGAACUUUAGGGGAAUGUUUAAGAUUGAUGAAGGAUUUCAAGCAAGCUUUGUAUUAUUAUUAGAGAGUUCUAAUUUUAUAUCCUAAUCACUAUAUUUCAUUAAGUGGUAUAGGUAAUUAAUUACAAAGUAUUUUAGCUGAUUGUUUAAGAAUGACUUAAUAAUUUGAUUAAGCUUUAGUCUAAUAUGAAAAAACGCUGUUAAUAUAAAAUAGGCAAUCAUGUCUAUUAUAUGGAAAAGGUAUAGAUUUAUUUAAAAUAAUAGCCAUUUGUCUAAUCAAUUAAAGAAAGUAUUCGGAAGCUUUAUAAGCGCUAAGUUUAGCAAAAGGCUAUGCACCUCCAAAUUAAUAUAUUGAAAAAGCAAUUUGUAAGAUAUUAUGGUUAUCAUUUAGAGUUUUGUAAAACUCUAUAAUAAAUUCCUUAAAUUUGUUAGAUUAUACUUAGUCUUAAUGGAGUAGGUAUUAACUAAAAUUAAAAUUAAUGA